UAAUCAUCUUUCUGUGUCUAAUUAAACGUGAUUGAUACAAGGCUGCCAAGAUUUGAGCUUUCCCAUCUGCGCUGCAAAUUAAGGCCAUUUAUUUAUGUGGGAAAUUAUAAAUUUCUGAUUUUGGAUUUUCGAUCCAUUUCUGGAAAAUUGUUGAGGCCAUCUGAUGAUGUGGGGGCAGCUACUUUUCUUCCCUAAUUUGAUGUGUGCUGUUUUGAUUCAUAUUGGGAUUUAUCAGUUUUGUUUUUUCUUGCAAAUUUGGGAGCUGGAUUUGGACUCUGACGUCCUUGUAUUGUUCAUCGCUUCUGUUCCGUUUUCCGUUUGAAUCUGGGGCUUUGCAUUUAUUGUGUAUUUAUUAUUCCUUACCUGCUGCUGCACCAUUCAGUAGAACUGGUCCCUUCAUCUAGUAGUCUUUAUCGUUUCUUCCAUGAAUUCAAUUGGAAAAUUCUGGUACAAGAUUUUCAGCUUGCUGCUUGAUUGGAUAUGUUGGUGAACCUCUCCUUGAAAAGAAUGAAGGGAAAGAGUAUCAGUGUUGCGGUUAUUUAAUAAUGCUUCUUCAUCAAUUAAGUGUCUUGUUUCACAACAUUUCUCAUUGCAUUUCUUUAUGUUGUCAUUGUUAGGAACAUUUCCUUUGAAUUGAUCUAGAUUAUAUUGCAAAGUCUUGAUUUUAUGCAGUUUGUUUAGAGGGUUGAGAUAGAAUGGACGAGGCAUGUGAUUUUCCGAAAUGGGACGAAUUGAUACCGGAUGCACUUGGGCUGAUAUUCAAGAAACUGUCUCUUGUUGAGCUGCUAACUGUGGUGCCAAGAGUCUGCAAGUCUUGGGGAAAAGCGGUGUCUGGGCCGUAUUGUUGGCAAGAUAUAGACAUUGUUGAGUGGAGCAGGACUCAUGAGACUGAACUCGUUGAACGGAUGCUUCAGUUGCUCGUUUCAAGAAGCUGUGGCUCGCUCAGGAAGCUCAGCGUCUCUGGUGUUUCCAGUGACCAAAGCAUUUUCUUCAUAGUUAAUCAUGCUCAAUCUCUAAAAACGUUGCACCUGCCCGGAAGCCACAUGAACAAUUCAGUAAUGGAGAGGGCUGCCCCAAAGCUAUCAUGUCUGACUUCCCUCGAUUUGAGUUACUGCGGCAACAUAGGAGCUCAAGCCCUCGAAGCAGCCGGGAAGCACUGUAAAUCCCUGACCACUUUGCGAAGGGUAAUGCAUCCGCUGGAGGUGAUCGACAAGCUUUCCCAAGAUGACGAAGCCCUAGCCAUCGCUGCCACAAUGCCAAAACUGAAGCAUCUAGAGAUUGCCUACUUGCUCGUAGAAACAUCAAGCGUAGUCAAGAUUAUCGAAAACUGCAAAGAGCUCGAGUUGCUGGAUAUACGAGGAUGCUGGCAGGUGAAGCUGGAUGAGAAGUUGGUGAAGAGAUUCCCUAAUCUGAAGGUUGUUGGACCCCUUGUUGUGGAUUUCUAUGAUAUGAAUGGCUGGGAUAAUUGUUCAGAUAACUCGAGUUCUUCCGAGUACCUGCCUUGGGACUUUGCAGACGACGUGGAUGAUGAGUACAACGAGAUGUUGGAGAACGAUUUCUGGGAAGACGAACUCCCUGUAGAGGACGUUGGGAUGUGGUUUUACUAUGACAUAAACGUUGCGGAUACUGGUUAUGAUUGGCCCCAGUCUCCCUAAGUUGGUAUCUGCAUCUUCUGCUUUGUGAUACAUGUCAUGUUAGUCUGGCAGCUUUGAAUGUGUGUGCUUUGUAAUACAUCUAAGUGUGUGAGCUUUGCAAGGUAUACAUGUGUAAGGAACUAUUUGGCCUAAUGAAAUAAGAAUCAGUUGCUUAUUCCUA